CUUCCUAUACACAUCCUCGUCUAAUACAAAACAUCUCCUUGGAUUCUCUAAUCGCCCGUACACCAUUAACGAGCGGACAUUUCACACGCUACAGCCAACUCGGAUUUAAAAUUAACCUCCUCGACUAGAACCUCCCUUGCUCUUUUCCAUCAUGUCAAAGGCAGCCGCUGCCCAAAUAGUUAAAAUUAUCGUUCCCGCAGGCAAGGCUGCUCCCACACCACCCGUUGGUCCCGCCUUGGGUGCUCGAGGUGUAAAGGCCAUGGACUUCUGCAAGGAAUUCAACGCUAAGACAGCACACUAUCAAACAUCCCUCCCCAUCCCUACAAUGAUCACCAUCAACCCCGACCGAACAUUUUCAUUCGCUACUCGAACACCUCCUGUAUCCUACCUUUUGAAAAAAACAACUGGCAUUGACAAGGGUUCAGGACAAGGAAUGAAGGUGAAAACGGGCCAGGUCAGCUUGAAGCAUGUGUAUGAGAUUGCGAAGAUAAAAUGUAUGGAUGAGGAUUUGAAGGCCGUUGGGCUUGAGCGGGUUGCCAGAGGGGUUGUGGGCACAGCGAGGAGUUUAGGAUUAGAAGUUGUUCCUUAGAGAUAUGGGAUUGCAUGUAGUAGUUUUGGGGUUUUGGUGGGGUUAUACUGGGGGAUCCGACAUCCUCUUGAAGAUUACAAGGGCAGAUACCUCGCCAUCCACUUUAUUCGCAACAUUGAGCAAUACAUAUAUGUGUCGUAUCGGGUCCGGAUAUUAACCCUACUGCUGUAAAAAUGCACUACUCGCC